AUGGACUUCUUUCAGCAGCGCCCGCCUCCCGGGCUUUUACUCGCCAGGCUCUAUGCCGAGCUAGGAAGCGCUUUGGCAGCGAAGGGGGCUCGGCAGGGGCCCUUGGCCGGAGCGGCCAGCACGCUCUGCCAGUGGGGCCAGCGAGAACCGCUCCCCCCGUCCCCCGUCGCCGCUGGCGAGGCGGCGGUGUGGGCUUGGUUGGUUUGCUUGGGGUCUGUUUCCACAGGGAAAUGGGGAAAAAGCAGCCGCGUCAGUAGCGCCGCGUCUGAGGAGCAGAACCGGCUGCCCGGGGCCGUUUGGGGCGUCAGGCAAUUUCUUGCAACCUACAACAGCCUUACAGACAAACACUUGGCUGGAUAUUUCAGCAAUAGGAGGAUAAGACGGCAUCUGCAGAGAUCAGGACUGAUCUCAAAAAGUGGAAGAAUAAUAUCUGAGAAAGAAUACCAGCUAAAUGCUAUGAGGAGGGAUCAUCAAAAAUAUGUACAGGAGUGCCUGGCUCAGGCCAUAUUUCAUAAGGUCCUUGACAUGGAGCGUCAUCAUCAGCUGGAAAUAAAAAGGAAACUUGAAAAUUUUGUGAGGAAGGAAAGGGUGCAAAAAAUCAAGGUGGAACAAUCCAGAAGGUCUGUGGAAGAUGCUAACCCUGUGCUUUCCCCGCAUCCACCACUUGGUCCAAGAAAUCAUUAUGGGCUCCUUCCUUUAGUGGCUGGAGAACGAGCUAGUCGUUCACAAUUGAGGGCGCAUGGACCGCUCGUUGAUCUUAACACUGGACAUCCUUCUCAUCAGCACCAGACGAAGGAGUCUGCAUUUUUUGAGAUGGCUUCUGCCUCCCGGCCAAAUACUGCUCCAGGAUAUAUGCAAGGCCCGUCUCGGCUCCAGCCCCUUCGCAGCUGUGCUGCAGCAGGGUCUGUACCAAAGACUUCAAACUCUAAACAGAGGAGCCCCAUACUUGAAAAUGAUCAGCAGUUUGCCGGUGGGGGGGAGAAGAGCAGGUUAAGACUUAUGAGCUCAAUGGAAUAUGUGACUGGUAUAUCCCCAUAUCGACUCCCCAUCAUUAACGAUUAUGUGAUACCAGUGCCACCUCCCCCCCUGCAAAAAGGAGACAAGAGUGUAAAAGCAGUGAGAAAUGGGAUGCCCAGAAGAAGACGAUUUCAUCCUACAACUGCCCCAAAUGGCUUAGAGCAACUUUUAACAAAGAGUUCUGGAAAAUUCCAUAAGCCCUCAUUACGCAGCAACGCAUUUGUUACCAUGAUCUUUUUAGGAAAAAGCGUGCAUUUAUCUCAUGAUGAUACUGAUUACAGAGAUGAAAUCAAAGUCUAUCAGCAGCACUGUGGAGGAGAAAACCUUUGUGUCUACAAAGGCAAGCUCUUGGAAGGAGAGACCUUUCAGUUCAUCUCAAAAAGGCACCGUGGUUUCCCAUUCAGCCUCACCUUUUUUCUCAAUGGGAUGCAGGUGGACAGGUUGAGCUCUUGCUGUGAGUACAAACAUCAGAAGCGUUCCAGGCUGGGAGGCAGACGCGGAUACUUUGGUUUUCUCAAUGUGGAGAGAGCGUCUCCUUGUUAUAGGUGCAUUAUUGCAAUGGGCCUGGACAAAAAGCCUUCCCCUCCCAAGAGAAAGGUGGAGGAGGACCAUGAAAAGCAAGCGGGUUCUCUGAGAGAUGGAGUGCACAGGGAGCUGAGUGAAAGCAAUGCUGAGCAGAAAAUAGGCAAAGAUUCAGUGCUAGUCAUUUUAUCAGGUUAUGGAGCAAGUGUGGCACCUAUGGAGGACAAAAUGGAGACAGAAGAGGACUACAGAAGAGAAGAAAUGAAAGAACUGUCUGAUCGUGAGACUCAAGAUAGUCAGAAAGACACUGGUAAAAAUGACUAUGAUGAAGAUUUUGAAGCAGAUGAAGAAGUUAAUGAAGAAGGACAGACUGGUGAUCAAACGAACAGAACGUCAAAGUCAUCCUCAGAUGAUGAAAAAGAUAAUUUAGAUCAUGAAAAAGAGAGUAGAAACUCCUCACAGAAGGCGCUGCAGGCCUCUGAUAGUGAGAAAGAAGAAAAUGAUGGAUAUUCUGAUAGUGACUCAGAGGAUGAUAACCAAGGUGAAAUUUGCAAAGGUAAAACAGCUGUUUGUGAAAAAGUUGCAGCUGCAAGAAAGAUCCAGGCUUUUUAUAGAAAGUAUAAAAUACAACAGAAAUUCAAACCAGAGAGGAGGUCUGCACGCUCUCUCUCAUCCAUGAGUACUCUGUAUAGCAGUGAAGAUGACUCUGCUGGAAAGACCAAAGACGAUGUUAAGGGCAACGAGGAGUAUGAUAUCGAAAGGGCAUCUGAUAACACAGCUCACACCCGUUAUGGAAAUGAGAACGGGGAGAAUAAACUGCUCACAAUGGAGGAUGACCUGGAAACUUUUGCACUGGAAAAGAAAGGAACAGAUGAAGCAGAAAAGACAGAAACAGAAGAUGUAGCAGCAAGGGAAAACACUGAAAUUUUUCAUGAAAAUAUAAUGGCAAUACAGCAUCAAGGUCCUGAAGUUAAUGGGGAGCUCAAACCAGCUGGGUCUGUAGAAAGUAACACAAAGGAAUAUGGGGAAGAAGAUGUCCUAGUGUCUUUGGAGAGCAGUGUGAUGGAAGCGGAGGACAGAAGAGAAGAGUCUCCUCCGAGCGAUGAAGGAGGUGAUUGCAAAUCAAUCCAAGAGAAAAUAGCAGAGGCAAUUGAAAACGAUCAUCUCUUGAAUUCUGAACUUGAACCUAGCGAUUCCAGAACAGAUGAGAAAGAAGAGAACUUAAUAAGCACAGAGCACGAUAUCAAUGAAGCACCAGAUGGAGCUUUCUUGGCAGAAGGGACAAGAGCACUUGAAAUACAAAAGGCAGCAGAACAAGUGGUACAAGAAGGGCAGAUGGUGGGGGAGAAACAAGCACUUGAGAAGGAAGAUUUUGUAGCUGAGGAAGGAGAUGAAAAGGCAGGACACGAAACAGCACUGAAGGGAGAUUUGCUGUCCAAGGAAGGCACAGUGGCUGUGGAAGGUCAGCAUGCUGUAGAAGAGCCUGCACCUGAGGAGAAGACCAUGACAGAAGAAGAUCCAGAAGAGAAGGGGACAAGAAAGGGAAUGGUCUCUGGUGGAGAGGUGACAUUUGGGGAGCAGGAAGUUUUGAAGGAUGUGAAGAAGGGUGAGGAAGCACUGGAAGAGCAAGCACUUGAUGGAGAAGAGGUGGUAGGGGCAGUGGUAUUGAUAGGCAAGGAGGUAGAUGGAGCGGUGUCUGGGGGGGAACAAGUAGCUGAAGAAACCUCUGAGGGAGAAGAAACUGUGGAAGAAGCCUCUGAGGCAAAGGAGGUGGUGAGUGAGACGGUGUCUGAGGCAGAGGAGGCUAUGGAGGAGGGAAGUUUUGCUGUGAAGGACAUUGUGGAGGUUGCUGUGUCUGAGGGAGAGGAAGCUAUGGAAGAUGCAAACUUGGCAGAAGAUAUUGUGAGGGUGGUAGGCCCUGAAGGAGAAGAGGCUAUGGAGGAAGCUGUUUCUGAAGGAGACGAGGCUAUGGAGAAGCCUGAGGCUCUACUGGAGACAUUAGGGGAGAUGAAAGUUUGCACAGGAGAAGCAGCACCUGGAAGAGAAGAGUUCAUAAAGCCAAAGGAGUUUCCUCAGCUGAAAGCAGCAGGGGAGGAGUGGAUGGAGAUGGGGAAAGCUGCCACAGGAGCCACGAUGUUUGAGACAGACGAACCAUCAGAGGUAGAAGACAGCUCCCUCCAGAGAGCAGAAGAUGCAGUGGAGGAGUCCAUGGAGUCAGGCAAGUGCUCCUUCUUAGAAGUAGCUCCUGGACUAGAGGCCUUGGUGGAUGCUGGAAGGGUUCCUGUAACUGAAGGCUCAUCUCAGCUGGGGGAAACAGUAACAGCAGAGGAGGAGGAAGACUUAGCAGGCGCAGACCAAGUGGCACUUUUGAGGGGAAAUCCAUCUCUGGGCUGCAAAGCACAGACAGACGGAGCAGUGGAAGGAAAGACUGAUAGGGUAGUGAUGGGAGAAUCUGUGGAGAAAGCCACAGCAGAGUCAGGUUGUGGAGAGGAGGUCGCAGAUGGAGCAGCAGGUCUGAGGGAGCUGGCAGCUGGGAUGGAGGAAUUGCUGGAGGCUGCUAAAGGGAAAAGGACAGAAAAGGUGAUUUUGGAUCUAGAGGUGCCUCUUGGUAAAGAGGUGACAGGUACAUCAGCAAUGCCUGUAGAGGAGCUAUGCGCGAGUGCUGCAGGGGAGGUGGGGGAGGAGGCUGAGAUGGAGGGAGCCAUGGUGGGAGAGCAGGCAGCAGCAGGACAGGCAGUUUUGGCUGAGGAAGCUGCAGUGGGAGGAGCAGCGGUGGGAAUGGCGCUGGACGCAGCGGCGGCGGGGGCAGCAGCGCCCAGAGGGGCGGUGAAGGAGCCCGCAGCAGUGGCUGAGGAAGAGCCAGCAAGCGUGGUGGAGGCCGAAGGACUGGUGGCCAGGGGGGUGGCAGCGGAGGGAGAUGCAGUGGCCAGAGGAGCAAUGACGGUGCCGGCUGGGGGAGAUGGCCUGAGCGUGAUGGUGGUGGCUGAGGCUGCAGCAAUGGGAAGCAGAGAGAGGCCUGAGGGGGCUGCGCUGGAGGUGGCCAAGGAGAGCGCAGCGGAGCGAGAGAGGCCGCAGGAUGUGUCCGCGCCGAGGGAGAUCAAGCUGGAGGAUGGAGCGGGUAGCGGUGACGUGGGAAACAGCAGAGCAACGCUCUGGAGUGAGGAGCCUGCAGAAACAUCAUCGCCACUGGAGUACAUCAAGGCAGAGGCUGCCUCGUGUGGCUGGAAGAAAGCCAGCCCUUGGGAGGGCCAAGAGGUGGGGAAGGCUGGACUGGAGGAGCAGGAGAGGGCAGAGGACAUUGUAUCUGCAAAGUGUGUGGAAGCACGGGGAACACUGUCCGUCAGGGAUAAGCUGAUUACAGAAGCAUCACCGAAUGUGCCAGGGCAUCGAGACGGGGUGGCAGUGCCUGCAGGGAGAGGUGUAACAGGAGAAGCGGGACUGUGCCAGGGUGCGGUGGAGGAGGAGGCAGCUCUAAAGACAGUGAUAACAGAGAGAAACCCUGAUGGAAGGGAAGGGCCAAUGGAGGGAGAAACAAAACAGGUAGGGGUGAAAAUUGAAUGGAAACAGCCAGACAUCAGUGAAAACACCAAAAAGAGAGAAGUAGAAGGUGUCACAGAAAAUGUACAAAGCGUUUCAGGGGUUAGGGAGCUGCUUGAAACCCAGCAAAGGAAGGGAAGUCCUGUACCAGGGCAUGCAAACACAGCAGGAGCCACCGUCACGGAAAAGAGUGACCGAGAUCCGUGGAAGAAUGUUCUGAAACUGGACACGAUUGUGCCCUCAACACAGUCCCAGGAUGCGGAAGAAACUCUCCGCUAAGCAUUCUCCGCAGCUCCG